AUGACGGGCGAAAGGAUACCUGUGUUUCCUACAAGAAUGAAUUUGAGAACAAUGGAAACAAAGCAAAAGAGUGCACAAAAGGGACACUCGCUGCUAAAAAGAAAAAGUGAUGCGUUGAAAGUAAGAUAUCGGGCAGUAGAGGAUGAAUACAAGAGAAAAGAGCUAGGAAUCAAUCAAAAAAUAAGAGAUGCGUUCUUUAGACUCACCGAAGCAGAGUUUCUCGGAGCUAAUCUAAAAAUGUUUUUAUACGAAUGCCAAAAGCAAAACGUAUAUGUGAGGUCUCGGGUAGAGCAGGUGUCAGGAGUUAGUCUUCCAUUCUUCAGCCUUCAAAAGGAGAAUAUACAACCAAUCUUAUUCCUCGAUAGAAGUGGUCAGUCGCUAAAUGAAUGCAGAGAAAAGUUCCUAGAAGUUCUAGAAAUGCUUGUGGAUCUAUGUGCACUAAAAAACUCAUUUCGGGUCCUCAACUCCAUACUAAUGAGUACCAAUAGAAGAGUCAAUGCACUGGAGUUCAACAUCAUUCCAAGACUAGAAAACACUGUUUCCUACAUCGUUUCUGAACUUGAUGAACAGGACAGAGGAGAUUUCUUUCGGCUUAAAAAGGUUCAAAACCUAAAAACCAAAGAAAAGAACAACAAUUAA